AUGGUCCGGACGAAGAAGCUCUUAUCGCAGGGGACACCCUCCACUGGUUCGCCCCGUAAAUACAGUGGCACGAUGGACGACUAUGUGUCCACGCCGGCAGAUCUGCGGGGAGCCGGGUCUGCUGCCAAUAUGGCGCCGGCCUCCCCUGGCGCCGAAAGCGCGGGAAUCUCGUCGGAGGAUGGUGACCAGGGCGGUGCGCUGCAUCUGAUCCGGCAGGAACUUACCCGGAUUUCGGCAAAUAUGCUCACGAAGGCGGACUCCAGUGGCAUGCUCCAGGAAUUCCGGGCGGCGGUACGAGAGGAGAUUACCACACUGCGCACGGACCUGUCUGCUGUGGAGGUGAGAGUGGACGCCUUAGAGACGGAGACGCAAGCAAGCCGUUCCCAGCAUAGGGCAGCCGAGAUAGCAGCCACCAGGCAAGGGAACCUCCUCCUGACACUGCGGCGACAGGUUGAGGACUUGGAGAACCGCAGCCGCCGCCAGAACAUUAGGAUCCGCGGCUUACCGGAGCCGGAUACUUCACCGCUACCGGACACGGCCCGGGCUCUAUUUAAGCACAUCCUGGGGCAUAACUGCCCUGAAGAGAUCCAGUUCGAUCGGAUUCACAGGGCCCUGGGUCCCCCAAGACAAGAUGGGAAGCCCAGGGAUGUUCUCUGCUGCCUGCACGCAUAUAGCCUCAAGGAGGCACUGAUGUCCGCCACUAGAGGCAUGGACAAGAUCAUGUUCCAGGGCUUGGAGGUGGCGCUGUUCCAGGACCUCUCCGGCCUGACCCUGGACGCCCGUCGGGUGCUGCGGCCCAUCACUGCUGCCCUCAGAGAGAAGCAUGUGCCCUACUGCUGGGGAUUCCCCUUUAGCCUGCAGAUUAAGCAUGGUAACACUUGGCUUCAUAUUAGAUGGCCGGAUGACGUCGCCCCGACGCUGAGGACACUCCGCUUUCCCCACAUCCGCAUCCGCAACUGGCUAUUGGAAACACUGUUGGCGCCCAGCGGGAGACAGGGGUCCCGGAGUCCACAGCCGGAUCAACAGCAGGAGAGGGAGCCUCCCGCGAGGAUGAUGGGCGGCCCGGCAGGUGCUGAGGAGUGA